AAGUUUUAUUGAUUGUUCCACACCGUAAGUGGCCAUGGACGCCGCCACAGGAGAACAUCACCGUAUUCCCUUCUUCCUCCUCGUCGGAGCCGAGCACGCCGCCGCCGCGAGAGCUCGUAGCCUCCGGUUCAUGUCGGCUCGGCUGGAUUCCUCCCCCCGGAUGACCACCGAGUCGCGGAAUGCGCUCGGAUUCGUGCGCAAGCAUGUCGAGAUCGCAGCUCCUCCUCCUCCUCCGCUGCUCCGUCCCUCGGUUUUCGGAGGUAAGAAGGCCUUGUGGGAGCAUUGUGUCUAUGGAUUCACCCCUACAAUUGGCUCUGCAAACCACCUUUUGCAAUAUGCUAAAGAGCACAAAGAUGCUACCCUCAUGCAGGAAGUUAUGAAGCUUUUGAAGAAGAAUAACUUGCCAUUGCGACCCACCACGGCCAAUAUUGUUUUCAGCAUUUGUGAUGAUACAGACAGUUGGGGUUUGCUCACAAAGUAUUCAAAGAGAUUUGUCAAAAAUGGAGUGAAUUUGCAUAAAGCUGCAUUUGACAUCUGGAUGGAGUUUGCUGCAAAAGUUGGAGACAUUGAAUCUCUAUGGAAAACUGAGAAGUUAAGAUGUGAGUCCAUGAAGCAGCACACCGUGGGCAGUGGGUUCUCAUGUGCGAAGGGAUAUUUACUUGAAGGCAAACCUGAGGAGGCUGCUACAGUCAUUCACGUCUUGAAUCAGAGUUUUCCUGAUGCUAAGAGGUCCAGCAUCAUGGUUGAACUUCAAAAGCUUGUCAGUGAGUGGCUUUUCGAGGUUAUCAAACGGAAGAAAGAAGAUGACCACAAGGCAUUGGCUGCUUCUUUCAAAUCCAAUAUCCCGGCCACAGUUAGCUCCUUAUUAAACACGGGCUUGGAGGUGAAAGUGAAUAUGGAACAACUAACCACUGAAGGCACCCUUUGUUAAAGUAUGACAGAAUUGGAGAUUGAAUGCACUAGCUGCAGAUCUGUCUCCUAUGUGGACCGCUAAGGUUGUCAUGUUAGUUUCAACUGAUUCCGCUGAGAAGCAAGACAAGCGCAGUACUCUCGUCUUGAGCAACAAGCAUCUGAAGUUCUCUUGUGAAGGUCCCUGAACCAUGAAAAGAUCUGCUCCUUCUUGAUUUGAAUGUUGUCACUUCUUUACAUAAUAUAAGGGGCAAUAGCAAAUUCGUGGAUGCUUCCGAUAUAAUUUGUUUGUUCAAUAAUUGAGUCGUGGUUAUUGA